AUGAGUGAUGAUCUUGGUUAUACUCGCGUUGUUUGGAAACGAAAAAUGGAUCAAGGGAAGUUCCAAAGAAGAGUAUUGUUUAAACUUGAGCAGCUAUCAGAGGAAGUAAAGUCCUUAAAAGACCGUCUUGAUUUCAGACUUAAUCAGGUAAUUGAGGCAGAUGAAAGUAUGUCUUUGUUGAAAAAAAAUAUGAAUACUAUGGACGAUUUUAAUGAAAAUCAAAUUCAGCUCGCUGAGGAACCAAUGAAAAGGAAAUUGAUUGAAAGGCUGAGUAAAAUUGGAGGUGCCAACAUAGGUGACUGUACUCGAACGAUUAUGCGACGUAUGUUGGAUUGUUUUCUCAUGAGAAAUUUCAACAUGGAUGGGCAGAGAGGCGGAAAGAGAAGUUUUAAAGACACCAAUCUUUAUAAAUGUGUGAUUAGGUCUGUCCUAGAAAGAUAUCCAAAGGAAUCAGAGAAGACAGUCCAUCAGUUUAUUCAGGGCGUGUUGAAAAACGCACCAGCAUCACAAAAAUCUGAUUGA